AGAAAUGUUAGCCAAUGAACAACGUUGUGAGCGCUUCAUUGGCCAAUCAGAAGCUUGAUGCCAACUGGCCGUGUGUGUUUCAGGGUGGCGCUGGGUAGUUCAUUUCUUCAGAGGGGAAUACAGUGUUGUUAUUCAAGAUGCAGUUCAUGCUUCUGUUUAGUCGACAAGGCAAGCUCAGGCUUCAGAAAUGGUACGUGCCUUUGUCUGAUAAGGAGAAAAAGAAGAUCACCAGAGAGUUGGUGCAGACGGUCCUGGCUCGAAAGCCCAAAAUGUGCAGCUUUCUGGAGUGGAGAGACCUCAAGGUUGUAUAUAAGAGAUACGCCAGCCUGUACUUCUGCUGUGCCAUAGAGGACCAGGACAACGAGCUGAUCACACUGGAGAUCAUCCACAGAUAUGUGGAGCUGCUGGACAAAUACUUUGGCAGUGUUUGUGAGCUGGACAUCAUUUUCAACUUUGAGAAGGCUUACUUCAUUCUGGAUGAGUUCUUGCUGGGUGGGGAAGCUCAGGAGACGUCCAAAAAGAAUGUGUUGAAGGCCAUUGAGCAGGCUGACCUGCUACAGGAGAAUAUAGACUUUCAGAUGCGCCUGUUUGCAGGAUGCCAAAGAAGCAGAGACACCGCGCAGCGUACUGGAGGAAAUUGGACUGACAUAAACAUGGUCCAUAUCAUCAUCCACCUGCCACCCACAUCCUUCAUCUGCCAGCUGCUGUAUGUAGCAGAUAACAACUCCAAUUCACCUUUGAGCACACUCAACUUUACAGUGACACACACACAUACACAACUCUGCCUUUGUUUUCUACCUUUAUUCAGAGACAAACAAUGUAGCACUGUUUGGCUUAUUUCCUGCUGAGAUAUUAGUCUUGUGUGAUGACGUUAACUGUUAACUGUAGACGUUAACAAGGGGAAAUGCAGCAUGAUUAAGGUUUUUUAUUUUUUGCUAUGUUCCAGUCCACACCGAGAUGCUGUACUGAGUGAACUGCUUGAAUGCGAUUUGACCAAAGCUGAUGUGAUCGCUCUAUUCUGUUAAGUAUAUUUAAUGAUUUCAGAACUACUUCUGAAUUUCAUGUGUAAGACUUAUAGAAUAGAAUAUAUUGUAAAGGAAAGUAAAGUAUUACAUUAACAGAACCAAAGAGUUAUGUUUCAACGGCAUUGUGAUUAUCAUGAACUUAGUUUCAAGCACAACACAUUUGGCAUGUGAGAUAUAUCUGUAUAUAACUGUACUUACGCUGUAAUCCACCGCAGUCUAAAGUGAAAUGACUAUAGAUGAACUGGCUUAAAGACAGAAAAUGUUCAUCAUAUAAUGAGUAUUUCCUGAGUUUACAGGCCAUUAUCACUCCUACUGGUUUCUAAUGGCAGGAUCCCACUUAAUGUUGAAGGCCUUAAUCCCUGACGGAUGUCCCAUUCAUUUGAAAUGAAAGAAUCUGUUUCUGUUUGCAUGUCACUGCAUUGUAGCGGGUCAAUAUCUGACUUUAUUUCAUUAAAGUAUUGUACUGAAUCAAAGAUGCAACAGCGAUUAGAUUAAUAGAUAGACACAGGAUGUUUUCACUUAAAGCUGUACUCGUGAUUUUCUUGUCUGCAAGGUGGCAGAAGAACUAUCUGGAUCUUUACCUGCUUAAAGGUGCAAUAUGUAAUACUGACAGCUAGUGUUUAAAAUAGUUACUGCAGUACAAAUUCAAAAUCCUGGAGAGAGUCGUCUCCC